AUGGCCAGCGAUUCAGUAGGUGGUAGGUGCAAAGGCGCGGAUACAUGGCCGUCACGACGCCGAGCACGGAGGGCUGGCACAUACAUGCACGAACUCCUAGCGCAUGAAAUGUACUGUGCUGUACCAGCUGUGCCUGCUGUGCCUGCUGUUGUACCCGCUGUGCCUGCUGUGCCCGCUGUGCCUGCUGUGCCUGCUGUGCCUGCUGUGCCUGCUGUGCCUGCUGUGCCUGCUGUGCCUGCUGUAUCUGCUAUGCCUGCUGCUGUACCUGCUGUGCCUGCUGUGCCUGCUGUGCCUGCUGUGCCUGCUGUGCCUGCUGUGCCUGCUGUGCCUGCUGUGCCUGCUGUGCCUGCUGUGCCUGCUGUACUUGCUGUGCGUGCUUCUGUGCCUACUGUGCCUGCUGUGCCUGCUGUGCCUGCUGUGCCUGCUGCUGUGCCUGGUGUGUCUGCUGUGCCUGCUGUGCCUGCUGUACCUGCUGCGCCUGUUGUGCCUGCUGUACCUGCUGUAUCUGCUGUACUUGCUGUACCGGCUGUACCUGCCGUACCUGCUGCGCGGAGAAACCAGAAGCCCUAG